GUGUGUGUGUGUGUGUGUGCAGGCACAACAGAGCGGGUGUGUCUGAUCCAGGGGACGGUGGAGGCGCUGAACGGUGUCCAUGACUUCAUCGCUGAGAAGGUGAGGGAGAUGCCUCAGAGCACCCAGAAGACAGAGCCGGUCAGCAUCCUGCAGCCACAGACCACCGUCAACCCGGACCGCGUCAAACAGGCCAAGCUGAUCGUCCCCAACAGCACAGCUGGUCUAAUCAUCGGCAAAGGCGGAGCUACGGUCAAGGCGGUGAUGGAGCAGUCCGGCGCAUGGGUCCAGCUGUCCCAGAAGCCCGAGGGCAUCAACCUGCAGGAGCGUGUGGUCACCAUCAGUGGUGAGCCUGAACAGAACCGCAAAGCUGUGGAGAUCAUCGUUCAGAAGAUCCAGGAGGACCCUCAGAGCUCCUCCUGCCUGAACAUCUCCUACUCCAACGUCACGGGGCCUGUCGCCAACUCCAACCCCACCGGCUCUCCCUACGCCAACUCCACUGAGGUCAUGCCAGCAGCAGCGGCUGCUGCGGCGGCGACGGCCUCCUCCCUGCUCGGCCAGGCGGGUCUGGCCGGAGUCGGCGCCUUCCCAACCACCAUGUCCAGCUUCUCAGGCAACGACCUGCUGGCCAUCACCUCGGCUCUCAACACCCUGGCCAGCUACGGCUACAACACCAACUCUCUGGGCCUGGGGCUGAACCCUGCAGCAGCUUCAGGUGUGUUAGCCGCUGUGGCUGCUAACGCUAACCCAGCAGCGGCUGCCGCAGCUAAUUUAUUAGCGUCCUACGCCAGCGACGCAUCCACCAGCACGGCUCACCCCGCUGCCAGCCUUGGAGGCCUCUCUCUGGGAUCCCUGGCUGCUGCUACAGGAGCCACCAACGGCUACUUGAGCGCCGCUUCCCCCCUGGUGGCGUCGUCUCUGCUAGCAACAGAGAAGCUAGCAGAAGGAGCAAAGGAAGUGGUUGAGAUCGCCGUGCCAGAGAAUCUUGUGGGUGCCAUCCUGGGGAAAGGAGGGAAGACGCUAGUGGAGUACCAAGAGCUGACAGGUGCCCGGAUCCAGAUCUCCAAGAAAGGCGAGUUCAUCCCGGGAACUCGGAACAGGAAGGUGACCAUCACGGGUUCUCAGGCCGCCACGCAGGCUGCCCAGUACCUGAUCAGCCAGAGGAUCACCUAUGAGCAGGGCGUUCGCGCCACCAACCCACAGAAGGUGGGCUAAACCUGACAGCCAAUGAGAAACGAGGAGGAAAAGAGAACGGGGCUUGGGGGAGGAGAAUUUAAAAAGCGAGAGUGAGAAUGGAAAAAGGAGAGGAGAGCAAGAGUCGGAAGGAAUCGUUUUCAGUAUUACGAAAGUUUGAGACAAAAUGCAAAAACGUGGUGAGGAGACGCGGCGGGAGCGGAGCGGAGCGCCGACAACCAAGAAGAUGUGUAAAAUGUAAAUACGGUUUUAUUACGUAACCUUUCGACCUUUUGGGGUUUUUAUUGUUUUGUUUUGGUUUCGUUCAGUAAAUUAAGCUGUUUGUGUGUCGUGUGGUCAGCUGAAUGCCAUGGCAACGGGGGUGGGGGGGAGGGGCACGGAGAGGGGGGGAGGCCUGGUGUUUACAGGGUACCGCCUCCUCCCCCCUCCACACCCUAAUCCUGCCCCCCCCCAUACCCUCCAGUAGGGGUUUUGUUUCUGUUCUAGAUUUGCCCCGUCGCUCCCAUCAAAUACCCCGUCCCCACCCCUUUGCCCCGCCCCCUCCCCUUUAACAAGUGUGUGAGAGAACACGCGACCCCCCCCCCCCCCUCCCCCUCAGGUCCAAGGGGUGAGGUGAAUCUGCUGGGAGGGGGGUAGCAGCGCCCUCCACGUGAGUCUCUGGAGCCUCCGAGUGAAUGUGGAGGCGCACGCUGAUGACCUCACUAACCUAGACUGGAUCUGGCGUAAUGUUAGGGUGAUGUUGACGUUAGGAUCCGUCACCAUGGUGACGAUUUAUCAAUGACAUCACCCGAUGAAGCUUCAGGUCCAUGUGAAUGUAAGAGACGUUUAUUUGUUUUAAUGUAAAGUGGACUGAGAUGAAUUAAUGUCACACAGUGUAAUAUAUGUCUUAUUUAAGUCCCGCCCCCUGCUAGGGUCGUUACAGGUGAGGUGGUGUCUCCGGUCAGAGAGCCGAACACACACACACACACACACACACACCACAUCUGGUGCUACAAACGCAGAUUCUGACGCAGACGUUUGGGUUUAGCACCAAACCGCUGCAGCGCCGCUCUACUAACCGUAAACAGCUGAGCUACUAACGCCGCAGGCCAGCGCUGCCGUCUGCGUCUCCUCGUCACAACCGUUGCAGCUUGAGAGUAAGAGUGCAACUAAAACGAAUCAUUUAGCCGAGCCCGGACUCCGCUGCCCAGCCGGUGGUCUUCCAAACCUGCAGAUUAACACAAACCAGUGGCCAGAUCAAGUCGAAGCACUUAACUACUGAGACGGGAACGCCGGGAGUGAGCGGACUGAAGCGGGAUGAGGGAGCGCCGGGAGUCUGGCUGCUGGGCAGCGUGCAUAUCAGUAAAGCAGCUCGCUGGUCCCCGUCCAGCUGCCAGAAGGUAGAUGACAGGUGUGUCAUCACACGUCCAGAGAGCCUCUGGAGAACUGCGGGUUGCCCUCGGCAACAGGUUUACUGCCCACUGUAGACCCACAAGGCUGCUGAAGAUGUUCCUGUGUUGUUUUUGUUUGUUAUGUUUUCAUUUGUUUUGUAUUUUUAACAAUCACUGAAUUUUUUUGUCUUACUGCACUGUGAAGCUGGACAGCAGUCGUCCCGACCUGCGAGGUCAGGGACGUGCGCCGUGGACGGCGCCGCGACCGGACGGCUUCUGUACGUCAGGGAAAACACGCAUAUAUGAGAUAUAUGUAGAUUGCAUAUGAAGAACUUUACUGGAAAGCAUUUCCUGUUUAAAUAAGAGAUUAGAAGUCUGGAUCCGGCUGUGUUCCGCCGCCCGAUCCCUUCGAGCUGGAGUGCAGACGCUGAAAUGAGGAGGGGGUGCGUUUGAUUCUUUUGUUUUCACGGUGAGGGGCGGGAACUCAAGUCCCCCUUCAGAAACGACAGAACAGGCUUUGUGGACCUCUAGAAUCAGGACUGAUGUGUUUGUGACCGCUGGAGCGCCGGUGAGGGUUUAUCUCUGCAGCUUGGUAAGGAGGCUUCUUUACUCCCAUCUAACACCAUCCUCACCUCCCACCCAGUUUUCCAGCGCACUCCCAUCCCGACACCCCUCUCCCCCUAACACAUCUCUCCAUGGGUGACCAUGUCUAAUGUUACGAUCGAUGCAUGUCUGCUGCUUGCCCCGGCAACCGCUACAGGCUGGGUCCUCUCCUCUGAGGCCAGCGCACCUGCAGAGGGAGGCCAGCGCCCGCAGUCACAGACCACUCCUUCAUUUGGAAGCUGUUGUUGCACAAACACACAUCAGAGGGGAUCUUCUGACUGGAUUCUGUGGGAGAAAACAAACGGGAGGAUAGUUUUCUCCUGUUGUCUAAACGCUUUGCUGCAGGCGUUUAGCAGGAAGAGCCGGGCGUUUGCUGCAGAGUCGCCGAGUUUCCAGACUGAAGGGAGACAUUUACGCUUUUAUUUGACUUUUAGCUCAAACUGUUGAUGCAUAAAAGAUGUCCGGUGUUUAGCGACAGGAAGCAGACGGACGCUUGCAGCUCAGGGCGGGAGGUUUGCAGAGCUCUUUCGUGUUUUUUAUCUCUCGUUGAUCAAAAGUUGAAAUGAUUCCUUUUCCUCCGCAGCCGCUCUUCACUUAUCUAAACGCUAGGAAUAAAAUGUGACAAGUACUGGAAGCAAUACGUGUAGUGGCAUAUCGUGUGGUCCCGCCUGCUCGUGUGUCUGUGGCAGGAGCGUCGGGAUCUAGAUGCUGGGUAGGUUUACACGACCGCAUCCUUUUCUAAAUUGCUGCUAUUUAAUAAUGAACCCAGGAGGAGUUGAAACAUAUCUGCGCUUCAGCUGCUGAAGCUGGAAGUGCUGCUCGGUUAGAAGCUGAUGCGUUCAAAGAGAAGCUCAUUCUUACCUGAAGAAGUGAACCGUGUGCCAAAAUACGUCCCAGUCGAACCCUGAAAGCGUUCAGGCAGCGUUAGACAAGAAAUCUACUUUUAUAUUAAGAAAAUGUGAAAAGUGCCAAAUGAACCACGUUCUGAUGAGACGAAGAAGCACCUGAGAACCCGUUUGUGUUCCCGCCCUGACGGAGGGGCCGCCAUCUUGGUGUUAGCCAGCGCGCUGGCAUGCAACAGCACUACCACUCUGGGGUUAGCCUAAUAGCAUAGCGAUAGCUUAGCAUAACAAUGCUAAGGACCAUGUGACUAGGUAGGAUUCUUAAACAGCGCCUUUUAUAGCUACAAUAAAAGUGUAUUUUGUGGAAAUAGAUGUUAUCUUUUUUGCACGUCUAUAUUGCAUGAGAUCAAAGUGAAGCGUGAAAAAACAAAAAAUCUAAGAAAAAAGUGAAUAAAAACAAAAAAAGGCUUCGUGUGUUCUGAAGCAGUCUGCAUGCUGAGGAGGGUCGAGCGUUCCUGGCGUUCGUCAGAGGAGCGCGAACAAACCCGAGGCCGUGCCGAGCCGAGCCGGCGUGGACGGCAGAACAAAACGUCUGAGCGUCUUUUAGGGUUUAGCGGGAGGUGGUCUGAAUGUACUCAUCUCACUGGUUUACGUGUCACCCGUUAGACGUGCAGUACAGGUGUGUGUUUUUGUACUUUAGCAUCACACACACACUCUUUUCUCUCUGGCUUGUCUUGUUGCUGUUAUGCACCUUAUUGACCUCAAACAUGGCGUCUCAGGCCCCGCCCACUGUGUUGUAAUUGGUCAGGAGGAACUCACACACAUGAAGUCUGGCUCCAGAGCUUGAUCUGAGGCUCCGCCCCUGAUUUGGACCCAUCGAACGUUUCGAUUCACCCGUUUCCCUCUGGUGUGAGAGAGGUUCUCCUCCCGGUUGGGUUCUGCGUCCCGACCCAACCCGGAGAAUCCUUCCAUUCCCGCUCUGAGUUUGCACUAAACUUCCUGCUGAUGCCGUGUACGGCGGGCCGGGCCGAGCUGGGUCGGGACCGAGUGCCAGACUACUGUAGCUUUCUGUUGGUGUUUCCUGUAUCUAGAUGUGCAUGCUCCCGUCCUUCUGGGUGUGUCUGCUGUAGACAGCUAGUCGUGUUGUCCUCCAUGUUGUUAUUAUUUACCUGUGGUGUGUAGACGAACCUAACCCCCACCUGCUCUCCAGGUGCCCUCAUUGCUUCUCAGUGGGUGUGUGGCUCUUGUUUUCCUCCACCUACCUCCACUAACCCGCCCUCACCCACACCCACCACCUCAUCAGGACCGCCCCCCCCCCCCCUUGAACUCGGGCCCCAUCGCAGCACCAGCAACUGUUAGACUGCAUUUGUCACAUCACUGUUUUUCUGUUUGUUUAUUUUCCUGCUUUGAUUUGUAUUGUAUGCUCUAACCCGAACCAGUUCUAACCAAAUGCCAUUUCUGUGUAGCCCUGUUUACCUUUCCUGCACACACACACACACACACACACACACACACACACACACACUUCCUCCGCCUCCCACGAGUCUCUUUGCUCGAGUGCCAAAAUAAAAGCAGAGAGGAAACAAACACAAACAACAACAACGACUACUAUCAUUCCAAGCGUUUCUUUCCGUUGUUCUUGUGUGUCGGACAUCCAUCCUGGAAGCACCCAUGAAGCCAGCAUGCUCCGCCCUCAUAACAUGAUGUCGCUCAUGACGCCUCAACUGAACAGCACCUUUGCCCACCACCACCUUCUCUCCUCCUCCUCCUCCUCCUCCUCCUCACCACCCCCACAGAGCUAAACCCGACCAGGAUUAACCCUCUGCAGGUGGGCUACCUACCUACUGUCCUGCUCUGCCCACCUAGAAACAACCGUCCCACCGCUCAUGCCAGCUGCUUCUUUUAAUUCUGUCAUUCUUCAGCCUGUUGGACUUCAUUGAUUGUGUGCCAUAGUGUUGGGGGCACCUUCCACUCUCCUCACCUCCCGCCUCUCUCUGUACCCCACCUCCUCUCUGUAACCCCUCCUCCUCUCGCUCUCGCUCCAUUUGAUUUUUCUCAGUGGGAAAGAUUCAAAAACUCCAUUUUUUCUAACGAUGAUUUUUUCUGUUGUCCUUUAACAUCCAAACCACGCACGGCGACACGUGCUCCGCCCCCCAGGCCGCGGUGUGGGGAGCGUUUACGCAUCGUCAGCUGCGCAGCCAUCCUCUGUCUUCUUGAACUUUAUGAACUUUCACCUCUCAUGAACUUUAUUGACCUUCUUCCUCUCCUCCUCCUCCUCCCUCCCUCCCUCUGUGUUCAUCCAGCUGUUUUGGACGAUAACUCCAUUCCAUCCCAAACCUCUGAGACUGUGCAAUGCUAGCCGACACGAUUGGAUUCUUUUGUUUGUUGCUCAUCGGUGAUGAUCGUUCUCUGCGAUAGAAGUUAAAAAACAAAUAAACGUGAAAAAAAAUCCUAAAAGAAACGCAGACAAACAAAAAAGGAGAAAAACACCAAGCAACUGUUCUUCAUGAUAUCAUUUUUCUCUCAUUGUAAAUAUUUCUGUCAGAGUUUUGCUGUGAAGAGGAGUGUUGGGCAGAGCGGGGCCGGCAGCAUAAAGAGGGACUUGUGGACUCGUCCUCCAGCCCGAGUCAGGAAAGCAAACACUAAAGCGGCGCCUGAUGCUAGUCCUGCUCUUAGUGCUGUUGUCACUCGUGUUGAGUUCCCGUCGCCGUUUAGCUGCUCCUCUACUAACCCCGAGGAGCAGCCCGAGCCGUUCUCAGCUUGUUUUUGUGCAUUUGUUGGUGUUUCCUAGCCGUGCGUCGUAGGCAGUACCCGGUGGUAGCUUUAGUGUUAGACACAUAUCGUCGUGGGAUCAGCUAGCCCCAGGAGCCGGGGUUCACGCGAGAAGGCGCUUGUGCAAUACAGUCCAAGUUUACAUCAGAGUAACACACCUCUGCAGGUGUGGCCCCUCCCCCUGCAGAGCCACGUGCUCCGCCUCCACACCCGAGACUCUGGAAGUAUUUAAGAUGGGACUCCACCGUUUCGUGGCGCUGCUCUCAGCUCCACUCCUGGUUUAUGCUGCCCGGCCCAUCGCCCUGGCAACACCGGGAGCUAUUUAUUUCUCAGACUAUUAAACAUCACAGCAAGCAAAAGGGAAUGACUGGAAACAAGGUGAAUUCAUAUUGUUUUGUUUUAUUUGUAGUAUUUUAGUGGUUGCUUUAACAACAUUCAUUAACUGACUUAAAGAUUAUUGAAUAUUUAAUGUAACUGUAGCAUUGUGUUUGUAAAGAGAAACUAGUGAGUUGUGUUUCUUGACUUGUGGAUUACCAGUGAAGUGGGCAGUCUAGUGCUAAUCGAUAUAUAAGGUCUUUUCUAAGGAUUCUUAUUUUGCAGCAGCAACAGCAGUCAUUAUAAAUGUUCAUUUUAGCAUCACCUGUCUUCCGUUGUCUUAUUCUUCACCUUCCACCACACUCUGCAUCAUCACAGUAACACAUCGCAAGUCUGGGGUGGGACCGUGUGUGUGUGUGUGUGUGUGUGUGAUCUUAUGAUUGCAUGCUAAAGAACAAAUGUGUGUUUAUUUGUGUGUCUAUGCAAAUGUGUGGGGUGCAUGUGAGCUGCUCUGCUAACUGCCUGUAGAAGUUGUGUGUGUGUGUGUGUGUGUGUGUGUGUGUGUGUGUGUGUGUGUGUGUGCGUGUGUGUGUGUGUGUGUGUGCGUGUGCUGACUCGGGGUCUGGGGUGGGUGUUCUGUCCAGUGUCCACCAAAGCUAAAACCUGUCAGGCUUCCAUACUUCCUGAUGGAACUUCCUGACGUUAUAGCUGCAAACCCUCAUCAUGUGAUCUGACUCAGCUCGACUGUCCAUAACCCCUCCAGUCACCUGACCAACCAAAUCAACCAAUCACUGUCCACCACUAUCCCCUCCCCGCGCCAUCCUCUGCUGCACACCACGCCAGUCCCAUGUGAUGUUCUCCAUCGAUAACAUACUACUGUCACGAUCUACCGUCACAUACUCACAGGUCUGGGGACGAAUAACUGGAAAUUCCUUCUUUUGGUUGAUUUUGUGGCUCUUAGAUCAAACCAGCUCCUUUACUCCAAACAAGUGCACCUUGUGUUGAAUUCUUAAAGUUUCCUGAAGCUUCGACGCGUCUGUCUCUUAGAUUUCUGCUCCCAACCCACGAAGGUCGAGGCUUUAGUUUGUGAUGGUGGCCUUCCAGAAGCUGUUGCUCUGGAAAAACCACUCACAGCUUUCCACUGGAACUAUCUUCACUCUCGAACGUAGACGUAGUUGUUGUGCAACAAACGUAAACGUGCCCUUCAUGGAGGAGGGUGGUGGAAAUGUAAGAGACGGAGGAGCCACACCUCUUUUGAAAUAACUGGAGGUUUUCUUUAUUUUCAUUGUUUAAAUUCAGAUUUUCUUCCAAUCUACUUCCCCCCAGAGCUGCAUCCCACCUUCUGCUGAUCAUACUACUGUAUACAUGCUGCAUACUACCUUUACCAGGUCAGAAUCCACCUUAACCUGUUUCCAUGCCAACCACAGACGAGUCAGUUGCAUGGCAACCAGCUUCCGCCACAUCAACCCAACCUACCGAUCCGCCAUGCUCUCCAAACGACAAGGCCACGCCCACCUGAAUACGACCGCUUCUUAGAAGAAGAAAUAGAGGAAAAAGAAAGGAUAGGUUGGAUGGAGGACGGAUGAAAAGAGACGUAGUUGUGAUUCUCAGGGUGUCUUCUGUAGAUUUACUGUUCAGUCUGUUCUCCGGUGUCUCGCUGGUGUCUUGUUGCCCAAACUGAGCCCAAAGAUGAUCAUCUGAGAAAUUCUUUGUAUUUCCUGAUUGACUGACCAAUUCUUCUCGAUCAGUUGAUUGAUAAUGUCGAUUGACCAAUUCUCUUGAGAGAUGGUACACAGCCAGCUGACCCAGGCUCGGCACCGUAACUGAUGUUUACAACCCAAACGAGACCAACAACGCUGUUGAAAGAAUGUCUAGGACUUAAAAAAGAGACAAAUCUCAGAAGAGUACUUAUUUCUAAAUGGUCGAACCUUUCGCUUACUUUCUAUGUGACAUGAGGUAAUGUAAUUUUCAGUCAUUGCAUGUGACUAUUUUAUUUGCAAUGGAACUGUUGGAGUGGAUGGUACAUCUGUGACGUCAGUGCAACGUCGACACGCCGACGCGAGGACUCGGCCGGUGUCUGACGCGUGUUUUUCUGUCGCUGUGAGGAGUGCUUUUGGACCAAUGAAUGCUAAAUGUGUGACCAUACAAAGCUGUAAAGUUUUGUUUAUUUGUACAUGGUUAUGGGUAAAAUAAACCAUUCAAGCAAACGAAA